AUGGAAAAUAUUAUCACACAGGUUUCACAGGAUACCGGGGCUAAUGGGUUCUUGAAGGACCAGGUACCAUCAUCAGCCUACGACGAUGACAUUGGAAACGAUAGCGAGAACGGUAAUUCUUUAAUUCACUUGAACAUCCAGGAUAAGCACUAUUACAUCACACGCGACCAACUGAUGUCACUUCCUGAGUCAUUACUGUUGUGUUUGUUUCCGUCAGGUGUUUUCUUGGAUUGUCAAGGUCAAGUUAUAACUAAUUUGACACCAGAUGAUGAAGUCUACAUUUCAAAUUUCUCACCAAAAUGUUUUGAGUAUAUCAUGGAAGCGUAUACAAAGGCCUACGAUGAUUUGAUCAACUUCCCCAUUAAUAAAUUAUUUGAUAGAUCCGUGUCGGGAAGAGACCACCCCUUCUCUGCUAAGGGUUUUUUCUUUUUUAGUGGUUCAAAUCCAGCUGCAAAUCAAAAUAAUAAUGAGAAUGAUAUCUUGCACGACAAACCGACCAUUAUUGUGCUUAGAGAAGAUCUGGACUACUACUGCGUUCCUCAGAGUGAUUUCCAAUUCGACAAUAAAGACACCAGUGAUGACCUAUUGUAUCAUGUUAUGGCUCAAGUUAAGGCAGCUGCUGGCAGCUACCUUACUAAUAAGACUUCAAUUUUCCAAGGAUUGUAUUCAUCUAACAGGUUAAGGAAUUCAACGGCAAACAGGCAGUCAAGCGCAACUGUCGAAAAGUUUUCAAAGGAAAAAGAAUUGGGUCCCGCUGAGCAACAUUUGAUGGAUAUGCUGUGUUCGUCAGGAUUCGAAAGAAACUCAACGUGGGGAAAUAGAACUCAGGAACCAGAUAAAACUGUUAUAAGCUCUUUGUCGCUAUGUCGAAUUGCCAAUGAAACUACGGAGGAGUUUAGAGAGAAGUAUUUUGCCGCAAGAAACAGAUGGGACUCCGAAAUCAAACAAGCACACGAGAACUCACUAACGCCCGUUGGAUCCACAGUUUCGGUGAAUUCAUUAUCUCGCACUACAUCAAAUAACAAUGCUCCCGUAUUGACUUCCUCCCAUGCUUUGACUCCAACUGCUUCCGCUUCCAACAUUUCCAGUCACCACAAACCCCAUGGCGAAAAGAGGAAGUCACGGUUGUCUGCCCUAGCCGACAACGUCAGGUCAAGAUCCUCCUCGUCGCAAAGGUCAAGCUCCAAACAGCGGGUCCAAGAAGCACCCAAACUGUACGAUCUGGUUCCAAAGCCAGACAUCAACCCAAAACUACUACUGUUUUGGAGAAAACCAGCGCGGAAGUGUUGGUGGGGCGAAGAGGAAAUCGAUUUGCAAGUUGAAAUCUAUGGAUCUUGGUCUGACCAAAAGACUGCUGAUAACAAGAAGAUGCUCAGUUUGAAAACUCCAGUCAAUGUCAACGAUGGCCUGAAUAAGAUCACCAUCCCGGUGAGACUACACAUCCGAAGGGUCUGGACUUUAGAACUCAGUGCCAUAGGUGUUGAUUGA